AUGUCGCCUAUCAAAACAAUUACAAGAUUUAAACAGUGGUCAAAUUCGAUCACCUCACUGAAGUCGUUUGAACUCGAAACAUUCAGACGCAAAACAUCUACUGUUGAAGAACUGAAAAAUUUAUCUUGUAAAAUGAAGCUUAAAGUAGACACAGUCAAAAUCCAACUGAGUACCAGCGAAAGGAGAGAGAUCCUGAUUUUUCCUUCAGUUGUAUCUCGAACACUGGACCGGGUUCGUCAUAUCUGGAUUGAAUGCUACGUCCUUCUGGUGGCACUGAUUGGCCAAUGUGUUGCCAUUGCCACACCGUAUUGGGCUGUAAGGCCUAUUGGCCACUCUGGUCUUUGGGAGAAUUGUGUCUAUGAGAAAUGUGUUGAUGUUUUUGAAUAUGGCGAUCCUGCACACUGGUUACGAUGUGUACAGAUUGUGAUAUGUAUAGCUUUACCAUUGACAGUACUGUCAGGCAUCUUUAUGGUUCUCGCUUCCCUUAAAACCAACACCAACUGUGCCACUCCCGCCGGCUUCUCCUGUCUUACUGCUGGUUUUAUGAUUUUACUUGGCGCUGGUUUUUACGGUUAUCAACAAAACGAACUGUCCACGAUUGGUUGGAGUCUCAUAUGGCAUGACAAUGACCAUGUGACCAAAUUACAAGACUUGAUUAUCACAGAAGCAAAUUCGUAUUGCUCUUCCUCACCGGUACAAUGUAGUCUACCAUAUUGGAAUGAAACAUUCAGUUUUCAGAGAUCUGAUGUAGUAGUAACAGAUGGUUAUCCAAAGGAAGAUGUUGAUUUGGUCGUUAGAUUCUAUAUCUUGAGCAACUUCUCCACCGAGGAACCGGAAUCUAUUCUCAGUUCGGAAGCCACUAAAGAAAUCUUCGUGAACAUCAAGUCUUCAUUGGAAGAUGAAUUGGGAUCUUACGUGACCUAUGUUGGAGAUGAGUUCUAUGGGAUACCAAUAGACGAGGCAGCUAACAGGAUUAUAAUACCCAUUGCAGUCGGUGUGCUGGUUAUCAUCGCUAUUAUAGCCAUAGCAUUGACAGUUUGGAGUAAGAAUCAGGAGAAAGAACGUAAUAAAUUGUUCUCGAAGAAAAGUAUGCGGAUGUCUAAAACCACAAAUAACCGUUCCAGAAAUAAACCAGAACAACACCCAGACACAGAAAACAAUCUGAUGAAGGAUAACACAGACCACCAAGAGAAUAAGCAUCUUGAACACAAACACAUCUCGCCUUUAGCCAAUAAUCAAAGUCACCCUUCCGCGACUGAAGCUUCCUACCUAAAUGAGGUCAAACAUAGGCAUAACGAACUGCCGCCGUUAAACUCAGCUGAGAGUGGGCAAGGUCUGCUGAACUCGGAUGAGUUAGGUCAAACCAAUUUUGAAGAGUCGGACACCAGUCAGAUGAAGAAGCACCACAAGAAGAAGAAAUCCAAAAAGAAAAAGAAGAAGGCGGAAGAGAAAUUGAGCCAAGAGAAUUCAGCAUUAGAAGAAUCCGAAUCGGAAAUCUUCACCCAGUCUCACAUGAUUACAAACGUCCAACCAAAUAAUAUGACAGCAGAUGAAACAAUCGUGUAA